AUGUCAACAAUCGUCAAACCCGCCAAAAAUGAGACUCCCAAAACAUUCCCCACCUACCCUGAUCUGAAAGGCAAGGUGGUGUUGAUCACCGGCAUUGGCCAAGUCGGCAUCCCAGAUUCCGCAACAUGGGGUAAUGGCGCCGCGACCGCCCGUCUCUUCGCCAUGAACGGCGCCUCCAUCUUCGGCUGCGAUCUGAAACUCUCCGCCGCCGAAUCGACCCGCUCACGUCUGCUGAACGACAACCCGGCUACCGAAUGCACCGUAAUGGCAUGCGAUGUGACUAAACCCUCCGACGUCGAAGCCUUGAUCAAAGCAGUCAUGGCCAAGCACGGACGGAUCGAUAUCCUCGUCAACAAUGUCGGAGCGACAGUGUCUGGCUCCCCCAGCACAAUGCCGGAAGAAACAUGGCUGCAGCAGAUAGAUUUGAACCUGCACUCCGUCUACCGCUGCUGCCACGCCGUGAUACCCAUAAUGGAAGCGCAAGGCGGCGGCAGUAUCGUGAACAACGGCUCCAUCACGGCUUUGCGGUACAUAGGCAAGCCGCAAAUCGGGUACGCGACGGCGAAGGCGGCAGUGAUUCGUUACACCAAGACGGCGGGCGUGAUGUACGCGGCGAAGAACAUUCGGUUUAACGCGGUGAUUCCCGGGCUGAUGUACACGCCUCUGGUGGAGAAUUUCGGGAUGAGUGACAAGCCGGAGGAGCAGGAGACUUUUAUCCGCAUUACGCAGCAUAAUGUGCCUAUGGGCAGGUUGGGGGAUAGCUUUGAUACGGCUAAUGCGGUGGUUUGGUUGGCGAGUGAUGCGGCGAGGUAUGUGACUGCGCAUGCUUUGGUGGUGGAUGGGGGGAUUACGGAGAGUACGGGGACGGGGGAGUAG